UUCUCUCAUUUCUAUAGUCGCACUCCAGCACUCAUUGGACUGGAGUCUCUAAUAAGUGGAAUGAAAACUCUCGCUCUCGCUCGGCCGCCCGGUUGUCAGUCACUGGCCAAGUAGCUCAACUUCCCCAAGCUUUGCAGCUAAUCCCAUAAAAUCUCUCUCUGCCUUUUGUUGGGCCUUCCCGUCCCCUGGGGGAAGGUUAAAGGAGUUUUAAAUUAAAAAUAAAAAUAUCUGGGCGAUCCUUCAUAAUUUGGCUCGUGCUUUCGCUCUUCCGCGGCUAUUCUACUUUGGCGACUCCCUUGGGAGCAGUUGACUAGUGACUUUGGCGGUGGUCGUUGGGUGAAAUUCAAGACGAGGUCGGAAUAUUUGUUAAUGAACUGCUUUCUCUGCAAUUUCUACGGCUUUCUCAUUUUUUUGGCUUUGUUUGGAAAGUGGAAAAUCCUAUCAAGUGGUUUGGUGCCUUUUGUUCCCUUGCAUCCUGCUUUGGUCCGAAAAUAGAAAAGGUUUUGCAGUAAAAUUUCUGUUCAUUUCCAGAUGGGUUGCCCCGGGGCUGGGGGGAAUUGGUGGAUUGUAUGAUCAAGUGCAACUGGGAGGUGCCUUUUGAAUGCAAUUCUUCAGUGUUUUUCCAACAGGGGCUAGUCUUCACUGCAAAAAAAUGGUUAUCCCUCCUGCAGUUCGGCCAGAAAGAGUUACCAAUUUUCUCAAGCCUUAUGUCCUGAAGAUGCACUUCACGAAUAAGUUUGUGUCUGCUCAAGUAAUCCACACACCAACAGCAACUGUAGCAUCCUCUGCCAGCUCACAAGAGCAGGCACUGCGGUUAAGCAUGGAAAAAGCCAGAGAAAGUACAAGGGACGUUGCAGCUGCUGGCAAAAUAGGCAAGAUAUUGGGCGAGCGACUGCUUCUCAAGGGUAUUCCGGCUGUUUCAAUUUUCUUGAAGAGAGAACAGAAGUAUCAUGGCAAAGUUAAAGCAGUAAUUGAUUCCGUGAGGGAAGCAGGUGUCAAAUUAGUUUAAAUUUAAGAAUCAGCUCCAUUCAAGAGUGGCAAAUGCAUGCCCCGCAUGCAUUUUUCUGAAUCCCUCUUUCUUUAACUAGAGGGUCUUUGCUAUUGUGACGAGGAUUAGAAGAAUCAGGGUUAUAUUAUUAUUUUUUUACGUGGCUAAAUCUAUUUCUUGAUAAUCCAUAGUCUGUCUGUGUUUGGGAAAUGAAUGGACCUGCUAAACUUGACAUUUGAGAUAAGAAUUAUUGCAAGUACGGAUAGGUUCUGUCUGAAUUAGCCUACAAGGAGAAUGGCGUACUCAAGGAUAACGAAGUAGUCGUUUUCGUAGCCGGUGUGGAGCAAAGGGGGCAGUUGAGGCGUAGUUCUUUGAAUGCAUGAGCUGUGAAUACUGUCCAGAUGAGCAAGGGAGGUCCCCAUAUUCUGCUGUGCUCUUUUAUCUUUGGCUUAACGUAUCAAAGUUCUUAUAAAGCAAAGCUCAGCAGCAUGGACCAAAGCAACUUGCUGUAGUGCAAGCAGGGACCCGCGGGCUGUCUGGUUCGCAUCAUGCCAUGGUUCUUGAAGUGUCCUAGACGGGAACAAAAGACGUUAUUGAGGAGAGCUGGUGGCUGUAGAUUAAUGGGAACUUUUUUGGUUUUCUUUUUAGUAUUAUGUUUUUGGGCAUUUGGGGUUUGAAUUAUGGUAAAUUUUUUGGCGUUGAAAUUCUUAGUCAUAGUACUACUACUGUCAUCUUAAAUUCAGGAAUGGUUGGUUCAUCGAGCCAUUUUUCGCCCAAA